CAACCUCACACUGUGUACCUACCCAGGAGGCCAUAUGAAGAACCAAGAUUACCGUAAAAAGAGGCUGCAAACAUGAGCAUCGCUACCGGCGCCUCUCCACCACCCUCACCACCUCCUGUCCUCUCCCCACGACCAGCUCAACAGCCGCAAGAAAAAGAAGAAGCCACCGCCUUCCUCCGCUCCCUGCUCAACAAGAACCUCCAAGUCACCACCACCGACAACCGCAUGUUCUACGGCGAAUUCAAGUGCACAGACUAUGAGAGCAACAUCGUGCUAGCACACACCUAUGAAUACCGCCAGCCCACGCCACAACAGAUCUCUUCUGCCGCCGCCGCCGCAGCAGCAGCGGGAACAGCGGGAGCAGCAUCAGACUCUGGCAGCGGCGGGAAGGUGACCAUGGACAUGACGUCGCGAUACCUCGGACUGGUGGUGGUGCCGGGGAAGUAUAUCGUGCGGAUCGAGGCACACGAGUUCGCGAGCCAGCUGCGCCGCGGCAACAACAAGGGUUCUUCUUCUCCGUCUCCUUCUUCUGGGAUUGGGAUAGUAGGGGGAGCAGAGGGGGGCGUGCCCGUCAUUUAGAGACUGAGCGCUAGGCAUUGAUUGGGAUGGAAUGGAUGGAUGGAAUGGGGCUUCGGGUUGGGGCUGCAUGGAACAGCCUCGUUAGAGAGGAGCAAGGAAAGGUUUCAAUGAUGAGGCGUCAGCUUGAACGAUGUUGAGUUGGGACGGGACGGUUUGGUCGCGCUG